AAAAAGAAUGGAAAAGUUGUAUCUUUGGUAUUGAAUUUAAAAAUUAUAAUAUUUUUAUCUUAUUACAUUUAAUUAUUAAAUUGUGGAUAAUUAGCUCAAUUAGCGCUUUUAAAGUGAAAUAUUGCAUCGUAUUAAUAAAACAUUUUCGUUAAAAUUGAAAACAAACAAUUUGGUAAAUUUGAGCUACAAAAUUUUAGUAAAAAUGGGUACUAUAUCUGAAUUUGGCCAAAUUGCUUUAAAAUGGGAUCCAAAAAAUUUGGAAAUUCGAACUAUGUCAGUUGAGAAAACUCUAGAACCACUUGUUUUACAAGUAACUACUCUCGUAAAUAAUACGAAAGGUCCUAGUAAAAAGAAAAAAGGAAAAUCUAAGAGAGCAAGUGCACUAGUCGCUGCUGUCGAAAAAGCCACCGAAAACUUUAUUGAAAAAGGUGAGCAAAUCGCUUAUGAAAACCCCGACAUAACACAAGAAAUGUUGACAGCAGUAGAUGAAGUACGCAAAACUGGUGAAGGAAUGAGCAUUGCUGCUAGAGAGUUUUCUGAAGAUCCAUGUAGUUCUAUAAAACGCAGUAACAUGGUGCGAGCAGCUCGUAAUCUUUUAUCUGCUGUAACACGUUUGCUUAUACUGGCUGAUAUGGUAGAUGUUCAUUUACUAUUGAAAUCGCUACAUGUAGUGGAAGACGAUUUAAAUAAGUUAAAAAAUGCUUCAAGUCAGGACGAAUUAUUAAACAACAUGAGACAAUUUGGAAGAAAUGCAAAUGAAUUAAUAAAACAAGCUGCAAAACGGCAACAAGAAUUAAAAGAUCCACAACUACGAGACGACUUAGCGGCAGCCCGUGCUAUUUUGAAAAAACACUCAACAAUGUUGUUGACAGCAUCCAAAGUAUAUGUGCGUCAUCCUGAGCUAGAUUUGGCCAAAGUUAAUCGCGAUUAUGUUUUGAAACAAGUAUGUGAAGCUGUAAAUACAAUAAGUGAUGUGGCUCAAGGGAAAUCUUCGCAACCUACCGACAUUUAUAGCGGCGCUGGGGAGCUAGCUGCAGCUUUAGAUGAUUUUGAUGAGGGUAUUAUCAUGGACCCCAUGACUUACAGCGAGAAAAGAUCAAGACAAUUACUUGAAGAAAGAUUGGAAAGCAUUAUUAGCGCCGCUGCUUUAAUGGCUGAUGCUGAUUGUACUCGUGAUGAAAGAAGGGAACGUAUAGUCGCUGAAUGUAACGCCGUUCGCCAAGCUCUGCAAGAUUUACUUUCGGAAUACAUGGCAAACUUAAUUAUCGUGCGUUCUAGAAAAUGGAUGGGGCAAAAAGAACAGACUCCUGGUCUAGAGCGUGCUAUAGAUCAAAUGUGUAGAAAAACUCGAGACUUACGUCGUCAACUACGUAAAGCAGUGGUAGAUCAUGUAUCCGAUUCAUUUUUGGAAACAACUACACCUUUAAUAGAUCUAAUUGAAACUGCGAAAAGUGGUAACGAAAAAAAAGUUCGUGAAAAAGCUGACAUUUUUACAAAACACGCUGAAAAAUUAGUGGAAGUGGCCAAUUUAGUGUGUAGCAUGUCAAAUAAUGAAGAUGGGGUCAAAAUGGUGCGUUAUGCAGCUGCUCAAAUUGAAAAUUUGUGCCCGCAGGUUAUUAAUGCUGCCAUGAUUCUUGUUGCUCGGCCUAAUUCAAAAGUUGCUCAAGAAAAUAUGGAAGCUUACCGCUUAGCUUGGGAAAAUCAAGUUCGAAUUUUAACAGAAGCUGUCGACGAUAUUACUACAAUUGACGAUUUCUUGGCUGUUUCUGAAAACCACAUUCUUGAAGAUGUUAACAAGUGUGUAAUGGCUUUACAAGAAGGCGACGCUGCUGAUUUACGUAAUACCGCGGGAGCUAUUCAAGGUCGUUCGGCUAGAGUUUGCAAUGUAGUGGAAGCUGAAAUGGAUAACUAUGAGCCAUGUAUUUACACCAAAAGAGUUUUAGAAGCUGUUAAAGUUUUACGGGAUCAAGUUAUGUCAAAAUUUGCUCAACGAGUUGACGCUGCUGUCGAUGCUUUAGCUUCAAAUUCACAAAAGGAUGUAGACGAAAAUGAUUUUAUUGACGCAUCUCGCCUUGUUUAUGAUGGGGUGCGGGAAAUCCGACGUGCUGUACUUAUGAAUAGGAGUUCGGAAGAUUUAGACACUGAUACUGAAUUUGAACCGGUUGAAGACAUGACCUUGGAAACUCGAAGUCGAUCGAGUGCUCAUACUGGUGAUCAAACCGUCGAUGAAUACCCAGAUAUUAGUGGAAUUUGCACUGCUAGAGAAGCUAUGCGUAAAAUGACUGAAGAAGACAAACAAAAAAUUGCUCAGCAAGUUGAACUAUUCCGUCGGGAGAAAUUAACAUUUGAUUCCGAAGUUGCCAAAUGGGAUGAUACUGGAAACGAUAUCAUCUUCCUUGCCAAACAUAUGUGUAUGAUUAUGAUGGAAAUGACAGAUUUUACCCGUGGACGAGGUCCUUUAAAAACUACAAUGGAUGUUAUCAACGCUGCCAAAAAAAUUUCUGAAGCUGGUACAAAAUUAGAUAAGCUAACUCGUGAAAUAGCAGAACAAUGUCCUGAGAGCAGUACCAAAAAAGAUUUAUUAGCUUAUUUACAACGGAUUGCUUUAUAUUGCCAUCAGAUUCAGAUAACAUCCAAAGUUAAAGCUGAUGUUCAAAACAUAAGUGGAGAACUAAUUGUAUCUGGGCUGGAUAGCGCAACAUCCUUGAUUCAGGCGGCCAAAAAUUUAAUGAAUGCAGUUGUUUUAACAGUAAAAUAUUCAUAUGUUGCGUCCACAAAAUAUACACGCCAAGGAACUGUUGCCUCACCUAUCGUUGUCUGGAAAAUGAAAGCACCAGAAAAAAAACCAUUAGUAAGACCAGAAAAACCCGAAGAAGUGCGAGCUAAAGUACGUAAGGGCUCACAGAAAAAGGUUCAGAAUCCAAUUCAUGCUCUUUCCGAAUUCCAAAGCCCAACAGAUGCAGUAUAAAAUGACAUUGUUAUGAAACAAAAAAUAAUUUAAUACAUUAUAAUUAAAAUUGAAAAUUAAAAAAGUAAUUUCUUAAAAAAAUAUAACUAAUAGAAAUUAAGUAUCGUUUCGCUAUCUAAAAUUAAUAUUUAUCAAAAGUUAAAUAUCUAGAAUUAAAAAAAAGGUGAGAAUUCAAAACACGUUUUCAAAAGAGGAAAUCUCAAAAAGUGAACUACACAAUGAAUAGAGUCAAUAUAAAAAUAUAAGUUGAUUAAUAAAUACAUAUUUCAACUAAAUAUGAAAAAAAUGUAAAUUAAUGAAUCGAAUUUUGAAAACGAAGAAUAAAAUAAUAUUAGAAAUUGCUUUGACAAAAUUUCUAUUUCAAACUUUGAGCCUAAUUAAUGUAAUCUUCCAUUUUUUUUAUUAAUUAUUACUAAACCAAAAAUGGAUUUAUAAAAUUGAAAUAUUUGCACAUUAAAAAACUUGAAAAACAAUUUCAUCUUAGUACAUUCACUCAAAAUUAUCUUUUUUUUAUUAAUUAUAUAUAUAUUUUAGAUAUUGAUAUUUGAAUAUAUAAUAAAAUACGCAUAGCAAUAAUAAAUUAUAUUAAACGUAUUCCAUUUUACUUUAAUCUUUUUUUUAUUAUUAAGAUUUUUAAGUUUCAUC